UUUUGGAAAGGCGGACGUCGGGCGUAGGGUAAUGACAUGGAGAGCGGCCCUAUGUGUGGCGUCUGGAGAUUAUACGAGAGGAAUAAACCGGGCUCCGGCGCUGGAGGGGUUAAUCGGGUGUGGCCAAAUGACGGCUGACAGUCUGCGCACGCGCGGUCGGGACAUACACACAGCGCUGCUGCCUCUCCUCUCAGUGUGGGGAUAGGUGGCGGGUGUGAGGGGCUUUCAGGCAGUGGCCGCAGGAUAUUGGGCGUUGGAGUACUUCCCGGGAAUCCUUCUCCUGAGCGGGACAAGCGCUCUCCCUCCGCUAUUCCAUGGGAUAAUAAUGACAGCCCGGUCGCGACUACAGCGCUCCGUCUUCAGCUACUAGAUGGCUUUGGUUACGGUGCAGCGCUCCCCCACCCCCAGCACGACCUCCAGCCCCUGCGUGUCGAGUUCACAGUUGGAAGAAAGUGAGACUGAAGUGUUCUGCUGCCAGUGUGAAGAUACAGAGCUCUUAAAUGGUACCAAUGAAGCGGACAGUGGGGAAGAAGAGUGUCGGUCGCAGCCUAGAAGCAUCAGCGAAAGUUUCCUGACCGUGAAAGGUGCUGCCUUAUUCCUUCCACGUGGAAAUGGCUCCAGUACCCCAAGAAUCAGCCACAGGCGCAAUAAGCAUGCAGGGGACCUUCAGCAACACCUCCAGGCCAUGUUUACACUCCUCCGCCCCGAGGACAACAUCCGCUUGGCCGUAAAAUUGGAAAGCACCUAUCAGAACCGAACGCGCUACAUGGUCGUCGUAUCUACAAAUGGUCGGCAAGACACCGAGGAGAGCAUUGUGCUGGGGAUCGAUUUUCCAUGUAACGACAGCGGUUCUUGUACCAUGGGCCUAGUUCUUCCUUUGUGGAGUGACACCCUUAUACACCUGGACGGAGAUGGGGGGUUCAGCGUGUCUACAGAUAACAGGGUUCACAUAUUUAAGCCAGUGUCCGUUCAAGCCAUGUGGUCUGCACUGCAAAGCUUGCACAAAGCAUGCGAGGUAGCUCGUGCCAACAAUUACUACCCAGGCAGCCUUUUCUUAACGUGGGUUAGUUACUAUGAGAGUCACAUCAACUCUGACCAGACAUCGGUCAACGAAUGGAACGCUAUGCAGGAUGUUCAGUCCCACCGCUCCGAUUCACCCGUCCUGUUCACCGAUGUCCCGACAGAGCGAGAACGCACAGAACGUUUGAUUAAAAUUAAAUUAAGAGAAAUCAUGAUGCAGAAGGACCUGGAGAACAUAACAUCCAAAGAGAUCCGGACAGAGCUGGAAAUGCAGAUGGUGUGUAACCUGAGAGAAUUCAAAGAGUUCAUCGACAAUGAAAUGAUUGUCAUCUUGGGACAGAUGGAUAGCCCCACCGAAAUCUUUGACCAUGUGUUUCUGGGCUCCGAAUGGAACGCCUCCAACCUGGAAGAUCUGCAGAACAGAGGGGUCAGAUACAUUUUGAACGUCACAAGGGAGAUUGAUAACUUUUUUCCUGGUGUCUUUGAGUAUCACAAUAUCAGAGUAUACGAUGAGGAGGACACGGACCUGCUGGCGUAUUGGAACGAUACGUACAAAUUCAUCUCGAAAGCAAAAAAACAUGGCGCUAAAUGUCUUGUGCACUGUAAAAUGGGCGUCAGCCGCUCCGCUUCCACUGUGAUUGCCUACGCUAUGAAGGAGUACGGCUGGAACCUGGAUCGGGCUUUCGACUACGUGAAGGAGAGGCGAACCGUUACCAAACCUAACCCUAGUUUUAUGAAGCAGCUCGAGGAAUAUCAGGGCAUUCUACUAGCCAGCAAGCAGAGGCACAACAAGCUGUGGCGUUCUCACUCGGAGAGCGACCUAUCCGAUCAUCAUGAACCUAUUGGGAAAACCGGAAUGGACAUGAGCAAAAAGGACAUUACAUCCUCGGCAGAGCAGCUCUCGGACCUGCAUCAUUCCUUUACACUGGGACCUCCAACAGAUAACUGUAACCUGACUUGCCCCAUCAGCAUCUCUCUGUGCAACACGACACAAGCGCACUAUGAGUUUACAUCUUGUGAUUAUCACACUGGACAAAUAGAGGAUAUUCUAAAUCUCAAUACCGUGAAUGGAUGCUCAACACGAUGCUGCUCUGAUGAGUCUUCUGUCUUCCUGGACAAUUGUAGAACUGACAGGCUCACAGAAGACAUGUCUCCAAUCUCUGAAAGCUUAACUGGUCAGUCUGAGCUUCCUGACCUGACGCUGGAAGCCAUGGAGAAGGAUGCACUGAAGAAUGAGGAUAACUGCCAUCUCCUGCCACUAAGGGAUCUGGAAUCUCACACAGGUGAUCUCCCAGAAUCUCCUGAUCAAUCCUCUUUUACCUCUCAAUCCGAGGACAUGAGUGGGGACAGAAUUGAUUUCCUAAGUGCACUGGAAAAGUUUGUAGAACUAUCUCAGGAGAAUCGGCCACGGACGUGCUCCGCCACCCGAGCAGAUGAGCAAAUCAGCAAUGUUAGGAAUGGUAUCCUGAAAGGUUCUUGGCAAGAGACGUCCUUAUAUGAGAGCCUUCCAGAUAAGCAGAGAGCAAGUGCAGAUGUUAGCACCCCACAGGCAUCUGAAGACUCCUCUACAGAUGAGGAGCAGCCAAAGGAGGUCUCUGAACCAGUUGUUCAAGAUCAUCUUCCCAAAUCACACUCUGAAAAUGCAAUAUCUGUGAAGGAGAUAAUCACAGAAAUCGAAUCCUUCAACCAGGGAGUAGGCCAGUGCCAACAGAAACCAGACAAUCUGUCUAGCCAAGUGCAAGCACCAAAGAGAAAUACAAUCCACGAUGUAUCACUUGAACCCGUUUGGGAGCCAGAAAGCAACUGCAAGGAGGAAAGUGAGGCUUGCACCGCACUGCCGCAAGACAAGUCUAAAGACCAGAAGUGCAAACAAACUUCUCAGGAGGAUUCUGAAAACUCAAGUGAAACAAAUGACCAUCAGGAAGUUCCAGGCCAGGCUCCCAAGUGGUGUGCUGGCUCCGUCAGAAGGGCUACAAUGGAGUUUGAGGAACGCUUAAGACAAGAGCAGGAGCAGCAGCAACACAUAGCCGUUGUGCCAACAAGGAAGAAUUCGAAAAAUGACUCUGCCGUCUGUGAUUCUACUCCAAAAAAUAAACUUGAAGACUCUUUGCUUGAUGCUUCAGAUAAUGAAAAGGAUAAAAAGGUAAAAAUAAAAGUUACAGGGUUAGAACCUUUAGAACUUCUCAAAUCUGAGCCAUCUACAGAGUCACAGUCAUCUCUGUUGUCGGAGCAUCAUUAUGCGCAAGUGAAGCAAGAUGCAAAUCACUCAGAACUAGCGGCUAAACCUAAAGGACAAGGAAAAGAGAUUCAGUUGCUUAUUACCGAACCUUUUGAGAUGAAGAAUUGUUCAGAGCAGUUUCCAAAGAAAGUAGAAGUGGUAGAUCAUAACCUUGGACUACCAUGUUAUGACAGCAAUGACAAUGACCUCUCAAAUCAUGAGUUCAGUGUUUAUAGUGGAGAGGUGGUUCUAGAGUCAAAGGCUUUACCUUCAGAAGAACCUUUGAAUAUGGUCUGUGCAAGUGCAUCGGGCAGGUCCUCUGUACAAAUAGAAAGCCUACCUUUGAAAUUGGGUUCAUUGGAUGCAACUUUUACAUCUGACAGUGCUCAGGAAAGACAUAGUCUUGUAACAGAUUUGAAGGAUACCAAUGUAGUCAGUCCUAGUAUGACUCUAGAUUUCCCUAGUCCUAAUUACCAGUGUCACCCGUGCACCAUUGUUAUAGAAGGUGCCACAGAAGAUUGCACCAGUACUGAUGAGAGUCUAGGCAACAUGUCAAACUGUACAGACAGGUGCCAAGGUGACACUUGCAUGGGCCUUGAAGAGUCAAUGCAAAUGGAGGCAGACAGUGCCUUGUCUCAGCUGAGCCAUGAGGAUCUUAAUUUAAUCAACAAGCUAACUGAGAAUAUACGUGAACUGCGUGAAGUUUUGGACAUUUCGUCUUUGUCUUUUGGCUUUCCUCAUAGUUCCAGUACUGACAGCAUCAAAGAAUUUAGUAGCAACCCCGGUGUUGUCAAACAAAGAGCUAAGGAAAUAGAGGCACGGAUUCGGCAAGCUGGUCUCACCACUCCGUCCCAGAUGAAACGUUCUGCCUCUCUGGCCAAACUGGGCUGUCUAGAACUUUCUAAAGAUGACUUGUCAGAGAGGGACUCUGUCUCAUCGGAAAAUAAUCAGACUUACCCUGACAUGUUUAAGAAUUCACUCCGGAUCGUGCCAGGAAAUUAUGAAUCUGAUUUAGGUCUAAAAUCCGAAGAUCCGCCUGAAAAGCUUUGUAUCCUUUCUGUACAGGCCUCCUCGGGACUGGAACCCACAAAACAUUUUGUAGAACAGAUCAAAACUGCAGAAUGUGUUGUAAAGAGCAAGCCAGUGGAAAAGCCUCUUGUGCAGUAUGCCAAAGAGUUUGGUUCAACUCAACAGGGUAUAGCAAGUCCUGAGUCUGAAUUGACUGUUUCCCAGGGGCACCUUCACCCACCAGUGGUACUAGACCCCUCAGUCCCGCUAAUAAUAAAUGUCACCCCCAAGCACGAACAUGGUAGAAUGCAUCCUUUGAGAAGACUUAAAAAGACCAAUGAGAAGAAGAGAACAACCAAUCCGAUAUACAAUACCAUGUGACCCUGGAACUUUUUAGUGUGUUUUUUUUUUUUUUCAUUCUUAUAAAAGGGGCAGGUGUAAUAUGUGAGGAACGUGCACUUUAUUGGUUAAUUUUAUAUAUUUUGACAUAUUGUUUUAUUGUUCCUGAUGCAUGUAAGGUAUGGGCUUCCCUUACCCCUCCUUCCCUUUUGUAAGUAGAUUCUGACUGCACACUCGUAAGUCAUUGUACAUAUAUAAAUAUGAUUUGUGUUUUAUUAUAAUUUUUUAUUUUAAAUUUUUUUUUUUAACUCUGAAACCUCAAAUGUUUCUUUUAAAAGAUCCUUAGUUAAAAAAAAAAAAGAAAAAAAAAGCAAGUUACUGUUCCUGUAUGGUCAUCGGGCCCUGUUGUCCGACCGGCGUGUCGUCACUGUUGUAGGAAGCAGGCGCACUUUCAAUUGCUUUCUGAACACUUCAGAUGCUUGGUCUGAGGGUAGAGGACUUCUUCUUUUUUUUUUUUCUUUUUUUUUAAAAUCUUUUAAGAACUGUGAAAGUUUUAGGAUAGUCCGAAGUUUAUAACCAGAUUACUUGGGAUUUCUACAUCCUGAUGUUUCCACCUCCGUGGGCUGCAUGUAAAGCUUACAUAAAAUUGUAAUUUCUGUAUUUUAUUAUUUUUUUUAAAGUAAAGAAAAAUCCCUAUCAAUCCCUUCAUUCUGUAUCUAAUGCCUUUUGAGGUCAACGGUGCUGCCCUGCACUUAAAGAUGCUGUCGGCCCGUAGGAAUCCAGAGUGCCAUGUGGCUGUUGACUUUGACAUAUCACGAUAAACCUUACUUUUGAAGCAAGACGAUGCCUGUUUUUGUGGCUUGUCGGGACAGUGACCUGUUAGAGGCUGACAUUUUGGGAAGAACUGUGGUGUUCCUGUGUCCUCCGUUCCUUGCAGUAUUGGGGUGCAGCCUCGUACUUGUGAGGCAGGGGACCGCCGCAGCCCCGUCUUGCCAAACGUAGCCACUUAUCCGAUUACAAGAAGGUCUUAAUGACGUUGGAACCGUUACAUCUUCAGCCCCAGUACCACCAAGGCUUUAUCUUGUGACCUGAGGAAUAUCAUGAUCUACGUUGGAAUGUGCUCUUAUUAGUUGGUCCACUCUAUGGGGAUUGACCCUCCAUUACUUGAAUAUGCUGUGAACCGUCAGCGUUUUUGGCCAUGUUAUUCUUUUGCCUUUCGCCUCUUUCUACUGAUCCACUUGUCCCUGCUGUACUUCACUCGUCAUCGUUCUAGUGACUCCCAGUGCUACCUACCUGUCUGUACGGAAACAACCUGUAUGUUACAUAGUGCGUGUGUGUGUGUUUGAUAUUCGAAGCUACACAGUGUUUGGCCUUCCUGGAAUCUGUGUUCAGUCUAUUAAAAAGUUUGCUUGUGAAGAAAAUAUAUUAUAUAGGUGUAUUUGUGGGCGUGCAUGUAUAGUGUAUGUGCACGCCCUCAACAUCCAUGCAAAUGCAUACAUAUAAUAUAUGUGUUCCGUAUUACACUUUUACUGACUUUAGGGGUUUUUAAUAGCAAGAUUUGCUUGCAAACUGGAAUACUCCAAUGUAGUGACGUUUUACCGUUCAUCAUUUCCUGUUUUUUAGCAGUUGUUUUCAUUUGCUGCUAUGGUCAUAUUGCAGAGGCAGUUCAAUGAACCGCUACACUCGAAACGCUUCUAGAUGUCCCGAGUCAACUAUGGGUUCUUAGAUCUAUGGGGAAUAGUCUUUGACUCAUUGUAAAAACUGUUCUGUACAUACUUAAGGAUCUCUGACGCUGGAAUUUUGCUCUGUUGAACCCCCUUUUCAGUAUAGGGAAGGCAUUUUUCUUAACAAUCCAUAGAGAACUAUUUUUGAGGGGCAUUAAAAGGAUUUUGACAAUUUUUUAAGUUAUCCCAACUAACUGAUCGGUGGGGGUCCUACUGCUGGGAGCCCCACUGAUCCCGAGAACAGGGGUCCCGUUCACCCAUCCUGAUGGAGCUGCAGGCCACACAUGUUCCCUGCUACUCCGCUCAUUCUGUAUGGGACUUCCAGAGAUAGCAGAGUAGAACACUCGACUAUUUCCAAUGACCUGAUAGAGAAUGAAUGGAGCGACAGGGCGCACAUGCAGGAUGGGUGAACGGGGACCCCAGUUCUCUGGAUCGGUCGGGGUCCCAUUGGUUUGGACCUCUGUCAAUCAGUUAGUUAAUUUAAAAACUUGCCACAAUCCCUUUAAAGAGGACCUGUCGCAUGCCAUGACAUGCCUGUUUUAGUAAGUACUUGCAUUCCCCAUAAUAUAUUUUCUGGAGUGUCUUUUCUUAGAUCUGUGCAUUGCCUCUUUCCUCCAUUUUAUUACUCCUGGAACUGUUUGAAUGAAUUGACUACUUAGUGUUAACAUUUCUUU